GCAAUUCAGUUGACAUUGGGCCAAUUGCUUGGACUGUUGAAGACGACCAUGUGGUGUCACGGGGAGGUGCGACAGUAUGUGGCGGCGUUCACAGCAUGCUUCUCCGUGCUAGUGUCCGGGUCGUGUUUUGGCUGGGUGACGCCCAUCCUGGGUCUCCUCCUCAGCCCUGGGUCACCCAUCCCCAUGACCCAGGCCCAGAGUAGUUGGAUGGUCGCAAUCAUAGAGGUCGGCAACGUACUCAGCCCCAUCCCAUCCAGCUUCCUCGCUGAUCGCUGGGGGCGAAGACCGAGCAUACUGCUCACAGGCCCGUUGUACUUCCUUAGCUGGCUGAUCGUGAUCGCAUGGCCUAGCAUCCAAGCCCUCUACUUUGCCAGACUUCUCCAAGGAGUCGCCAUGGGUAUCGUGUUCACCGUCGUUCCCCUCUACCUCAGUGAGAUCGCCAGCCCUUCCAUCAGGGGAUCCAUCUCCAGCAUGUUUCACAAUUGUUGGUACCUCGGUCACUUGAUAGAAUACUGUAUCGGCCCCUUUCUCUCCUACCACAUGUACACCUACGUCACCGCAGCUCUUCCGGUCAUCGCGGUGGCCAUCUUCUGGAACCAGCCGGAGACUCCGUACUACCUGCUGAUGCGGAGGAACGAACCAGCUGCUGCAGCGGCUCUGGCCAGACUGCGGGGACGGUCAAACACCAACGCGGUCAACAAAGAACUGCAGAGCAUGAUACAAUCCGUGACGGCAGACGUAACCAACAAAGCAUCUUGGAGGGACAUCGUCUCAACAUCAGCUGACAGAAGAGCCUUGUACAUCGUGAUAGGCCUGGGUAUCAUCAGGGUGUUGAACGGUCUGAUAGCUCUGAUGACGUAUCCGACUCAAACAUUCUCACAGAUACACGCUCUGAACUCUGACAACUCUACCAAGAUAGUGGCACCAAACAACAUGACAAUCUUGUUCGGAGUUGUUUUGUUCAUUUCCAGCUUCUUUGUGACAAUAAUCGCUGAUCUGUCUGGGAGAAGACAGCUGUUGAUGUUUUCCUGUAUCGGAGCAGGGGUGAAUUUGUUUCUCGCUGGAUGCUAUUUCUAUCUUGACACCCAAACGGUUGUUGAUGUCACGCACUACAGUUGGUUUCCUGUCGCAGUCAUUGUUGUGUUCAGUCUGUUCGUUUCUCUAGGUGUAAGUCCGGUGUCUGUUAUGUACCAGUCUGAAAUGUUUCUCAGCAAUACGCGAGGUUUCGCUUCCAGUAUUUCUGCCAUCAACUUGACUCUCAAUGCUUUCUUUGUCCUCAAAUUCUACCUGGUGAUCACCGACGCUUUAGGGCUGUUUUCCGUCUUCUGGAUGUUCGCGACAGUGUGUUUUUUCGGGUCAUUCUGGAUAUACUUCACCGUCCCGGAAACCAAGGGGAAGACUUUUGCUGAAAUAAGGCAGGAAUUGAACGCCUCAUUGCAGAAGAAUGGGAAGCCCUUGGAUAUUCCGACGAUUGAGAUUUCCGACGUCCACUUGUGAUUUUGUUUUUUUUUUUGCAACAAAAAUGAAAAAGAGUGCUGGUCAUCUUUGUGGUUCUUUGACAAUUGAUGUCAUGAUAGACUUUUUUAACAUAAUUUCUUGAAAAAGAAAACAGAGAAAAUGUCUAUUCAAAAAGACAACUUGUUUCCUACUACCACUGAUGAAUACUAUCACACAAAAGCUAUAUUAUUGUAUAGAUUCUUUGUGGUAGAUUCUUUGUGAGUAUUGUUUAAAUUUAUAAUUUUAAUCAAAAUGAUUAAUCAUGUAAAAAUAUUAUGUACAAUAAAUUAAUCGGGUUUUAAAAAUAUACAUGAUUCAAUUGAUUAUAAGAAAAAUUCUGUUUACUUA